AUGUCCAGUCCCGACACGGAGAAGCUGCACCGGCGCCCCGAGCUGCGAAGCGCGCGCCACCGGCGGUACCUUCAGUACCUCGCGAUGUGCGCGCUGCUUCUCUUGGUGCACAAGUUUGCGACGCAGCAGCCCGACACGACCCGCCUCCGGCGAAGCCUCCCGCACCUCGCCCACGAUCCAGGCAGUGACGUCCUCGGCGACAUCAUCCACCUCAACAACCUCAACGAAGCGUGCUUUCACGCGGGCGACGUGGUGAUUCCGUGGACGUACAACAGCACCGAGGUCAACUCGGACUUUGUCUGGUCCCGCGACGACACGCCACGCAGUCAGCUCAUUCAGUUUCUCGCGCAGUGUCCCGAGGUCGAUGUGUUUUUGCCGCCAGGCCUGCGCAACCACGGCUACUGCGAAGAUGGCAUGGCGUACGUCAAGUUUCUCAAGUCGCGCGCGCUGCCGAUCUGGGUCUUUGAUUUGCGCUUCGAUUACCAAGAUCGCAAGAGCAUUAGCUACUUUGAUUUGUGCCCGCACACAGCCAUGAUCUUUAUGAACCACUACCUCGAAGGCAUACCGGACCGCCCCAACUUUCCCAAGGAAAAAAAGAUCAUUUUGAUGCCCAACAUUGAGAUGUUUGAGCUCAAAACCAAGGAAUACCAGCGCUUUGACGCGAUCUUGUGCAAGACCCGCGACGCGUACGACCGGCUCACGCAAUGGUUUUCGGACGUUGGGAAUCCACGCAAUACGUCCGUCUUUGACGUGCAGCACACGUCGUCGGACCCGUCGACCGUCGCGCGCACGCACGCCGCCAAGCACCCAGCGCUGCCGCGUAUCAAGCCCCGAAGUUUCGAGAAGAUGACGUUCUUCCACGCGAGUGGCCACAGCGCGCAGAAAAACACCAAACGCAUCUUCCAAUGCUGGGAGAGCCGACCGGAUCUGCCGCCGAUUGACAUUUACUCCAUGUACAGCGGCGUCAAGGAAGACUUUGAUGAGAUGUUUGGCGUCACGGGUGCACCCGCCAACAUCCGUUUUCACUUUGGCGAGGACAUUGACGUGGCCCACUUUGGCCGCCUCCUCCUCGAGUCGAGCGCGAUCUUGUGCCCGAGCAAGAUGGAAGGCUUUGGCCACUACAUCAACCAAGCACGCGCGUCCGGCGCGCUUGUCUUGACGACGGACGGGGCGCCCAUGAAUGAGUUUGUCGAUGAGGACUCUGGCCUCAUGGACCGCGACGACUUUCCAUCGGACAAGGUGAUUGUCAAUAUGCCCAACGUGGAAAUGUUUGAGCUCAAGGGCAAAGACUACCACCGCUUUGACGUCGUCCUCUGCAAGACGCGCGACGGCUACGACCGCCUCUCGCGCUGGUACAAGGACAACGGAAACCCACGCAACACGACACUGCUCUACGUCCAGCACACGUCGUCCGACCCGUCGACGGUGGCCAUUACGCAUGCGAUGGCGCACCCGGAGCUGCCGCCGAUCCAGCCCAAGAACUUUGACCAGCUCACGUUCUUUCACGCCAACGGACGCAGCUGGCACAAGAGCACGCGCGCGGUGCUCGAGUGCUGGCACCAGCGACCUGAUUUCCCGCGUAUCGAUAUCUACUCGAUGAAUAGCGGCACGCUCCGCGACUUCAACGAGCUCUUUCUACCACGCGGCGCGCCGUCCAACCUGCAAUUCCAUUAUGGCGAAGAAGUCGACGUCGCCCAGUUUGGCCGGCAGCUACUGGAAUCGAGUGUCAUCGUCUGCCCGAGCAAGAUGGAAGGCUUUGGCCACUACAUCAACCAAGCACGCGCGUCCGGCUCGCUUGUCUUGACGACGGACGGGGCGCCCAUGAACGAAUUCAUCGACGACGACUCGGGCGUGCUUAUCAACGCCACCCAGAAGGACCCUAGCCCGUAUGUUGUAUUGAACCAAAUCUUGAGCGUGUAUGGUGGCAUGGAGUGGGGCGUGACGGCCGAUGCCAUUUGCGACGCCGUCGAUCGAGUGCUGGCCCUGCCUGUGCUUGAACGAGAACGACGAGCUGCGAAGGGGCGCGGGCGGUACGAGGCGCAGCUUCUCGAGUUCAAACGCGCCAUGCGCCACGAAGCAGAUCCUCAGCACGUACGGCACCAGUCGACUGUAUCGUGGAAGUCGAUCUGCGAUGCUGUCAACGACGUGCUCGCCAUGACGCCAGACGAGCGGCGUCGGCGCGCCGUCAACGGCCGCCUGCGCUACGAGCAGCAGCUGGCCGCGUUCAAGGAGAACAUGCAGCAUGUCCAAGCCCUCUACCCUUUCCGAGAGCUCGUGUAA